AUGCAUCAAACUGCAGGUUUAAGUUUAUAUUUAUUAGUGUAUUUAAUAAAUGGAGAAAUAUGUCCAGCUCCAUGUAUUUGUAAAAAAUUAAAAACACAAUCGAGCACCGGUACCGAUUUAUUUAAAGCUCAAUGUGGCGGUAUUAAAAAUAAAAUUAAUUCACUUGAUGAAAUUGAUUUUACUAGUCUAGCUGAAAAUUUAGUUCAAUUUAAAAAUAAAUUAACUACAUUAGAACCAAAUACAUUUAAACAGUUGCCAAAUUUAAGAAGAUUAGAUUUAUCAAGUAAUUCAUUAAAAUAUAUACAUAAAGACUGGCUAAACGGCUUAACAAAAUUGGAACGUUUAAAAAUUAAUGGUAAUCAAAUUAAUACAAUUAUACGUGGCACAUUUGAUGAUUUAACCAGCCUAAAGCAAUUAGAUAUUUCAAGUAAUCCAUUAACAUGUGAUUGCGAACUACUUUGGCUACUGGAUUGGCUACAAAAUACAUCAGCAAAAUUUAUAACACCACCAAAAUGUGCAGCACCAUUUAAAGAUCGACCGCUACGUAAAUUAAAAAUUGGUGUUGAUAUACAUUGUCGAUCACCAGUUGGUAAUCGUGAUCUCACCGAACUUGAAUUAAAACCAGAUAAAAAUCAAAUUGUUUAUGAAGGCGAUAAUAUUAAAAUAAAAUGUCGUGCACCAGGUGUAAUUCCAGAUGUCUUACAUUUAGAGGAACCAUAUUCAUCGUUUGUUGGAACCGCGUAUAUUUAUUGGCGUUUUAAUUUAGAAGAUCCAAUUGAAAAAUUUCGUGAUAUUAAAGUGGAAAAUCGGUAUUUGGAUGAUAGUGGUAUUUUUGAAAGUAUAUUAAAUAUUGGUAUUAUUUCACGAAAUCAUUCUGGACAAUGGACAUGUAAUUUAUCGUCGGAUAAAGGAAAUCAUUCGAAAUCUGUUUCGUUGGUUGUCAUAUCAAAUAGCACAAAAUAUUGUCCUACAUCAGUAACAACAAAUAAUAAAGGUACAUAUAUCUGGCCACGAACAAUCGUUGACAAUAUUGUUGAACAACAAUGCCAAGGACAUCAACUAAACGGUCUAUACCAUGUGACACAAGCCAUAUAUCAAUGUACGGAAUUCGGUACAUGGGCUAAUUUAAAUACAACAGCAUGUCCAUACAUAUCAGAAGUAACGAAAAUAUUAGAACAAUUUUCCAAAGUCAAUUUAAAUUUAACAAAAGGGAAUUUUUUGGAAUCGGUACGACAUUUAAAAAAUUACACAAGUGAUGGUCGUUUAUUAAAAGAUAAAGUUGAUAUUGUUUUUAUUGCUCGUACAAUUGAAAAUUAUAUAAGUUUUGUAAAAACUGAACGUGAAUUGGGUGGAGUGUUAAUUGAUAUUGUGAGUUCAUUGUUAAAUUUGAAUAAAAAAUUAUUGGAGGAUGCACAAAUUGAGGAUAAAGCGUGUACACGAUUGGUUAAAGCUGUUGAAAUUAUUUCUGAAUAUACACCACCACCUCAAUCGCUUAAGUCAAAUAUGGCGGUAGAUGAUUUUCGUAUAAAACCAGAAAAUUUUCAUGGAUUAACAUGUGCAUGGUACAGUAAUAAUCGUGAAAAACGUGCUGCAAAACCAUUUUUCUGUACAACAUCAACAAAUUUACCAUACAUGACGUUCGAAGAUGAAUUAAUCGAAGCAUCAAUACAAAUUCCCGCAUCUUUGUUCAUACAAUUAGAGCAACAAGGAUAUCAAAUGACAAACGCAUUACAAUUAACGAUCGCUAUGUACGAUAAUAAUAAAUUCUUUCCAAAUUAUCGUAUUAAGGAGGUUGUUACAUCGCCAAUUGUUGGAGCAACAUUAGAAAACAUUGACGUUUCAAACUUAAGUGAUCCAGUGACGGUCAUGUAUCGAUAUCCAUUACUUCAAGAUGUUGAAACUCCAAUAUUAGGAUGGUGGGAUAUGGAAUUAAACAACGGAAUUGGUGGUUGGAACAAAAAUGGUUGUGAGUUAUCACAUUACUUCCAUGAAAGUUUAAUAUUCAGUUGCGAUCGUCUGAAUUAUUUCGCUAUGCUACAAGAUGUACAAUUUGCACCAACUAGUUUUAUCACAGGUGCUAAAUUUCAUUUUUCACAUCCUGCCAUUUAUGCUGGAACAUUUGUAUUAAUUUUAUGCUUGUUCAUAACAAUUUUAACAUAUUUACUGUGCUUCAAUUCGAUACAAAUGGCAAAACGUGCGAAACAUUCUUUGAUAAAUACAUGGAUUGCAAUAUGUUUUUUGGUUUAUAUAUUUUCAUUUGGAAUUUAUCAAACAGAAGAUAUCCAAUUGUGUCAAAUUAUUGGAAUCAUUUUACAUUAUCUCAGUCUUUCGGUGUUAUUAUGGAUGUGUGUGAGUGUGACGACCAUGUACAAACGAUUAUCAAAAUCAGAUUCCAUACAUUUACCGGUUGACGAAUUACCUCCACCCGAUCAACCGAUCCAAAAACCUAUUUUGGGAUUGUACUUAGUUGGUUGGGGUAUUGCGUUAAUUGUAUGCGGUAUAAGUGGUGCUGUUAACAUGCGUGAAUACGCCUCACACUCAUAUUGUUUCCUAUAUUCAGGACCUGCGUUAAGUGCAAUUUUUGUACCAGCAUUUAUUUUAAUUGUAUUUAUAAUAAUAUGCUCGCUAAUGAUUCGAUGUGCCAUACGAUGUUCUGACGUACAUGGACAAUUAUCCGAAGGUACACAAGCUACAGAGAAUGUAGACUUAGAUUUAUUAGAACCAAAUUUACCAAAUAUCAGCAUUGAUCGUCAUAGUUUUCGUAGUAUUUCAUCGCAAACGGCUUCAAGUAAUAUCGAAGAUCCAGAACAUUGUCCAAGUAAACAAUUAAAAGCACAUAUUAUAGUUUUAAUAUUUUAUUUAUUUGUUUGGAUAUUUGGAGCUUUGACUGCUCGACGUGUUUUUAAAAAUUUAAUACCGUAUGAUGAACGUAUUUUUAGUAUUUUAUACGCAGUUGCGGCAUCGAUGUUGGGAGCGUUUAUUCUAUUCUUUUAUGGAGUUGCACGUAGUGAUGUACGUUGUAAGUGGGCCCAUGCAAAACGUGUUUGGUGUCGAACUCGUUCCAUAUCAGAUACAAACAUGAAUUUACAACAAAAUUUAAACCAACCUCUAACACCAUUAACGAAUACACAACCUGUACCAACAACAGGCGCCGGAACCGCUUCUAUAUCAGGAUUAACAGCGGAAAUUAAUAAUUCACGAUCAAGUUCACGAACUUCCAGCCGUACAAAAUCACAAAAUAGUAACAUCUUAAAAGGAGCUGUUGAUUUGAAUAAUGUCAAUUUAAACGAUCCCGAUGCAGAAGCAAAAAUUGCCAAUGUUAAUCUUGUAGUUUUACAUAGACAACAAUAUCGUACAAAUAAUACAAUACCCAUUUAUUCGGAUAAUGGAUCGCAAGGUGCUGCGGAAAUGUUUUACAAUCCACAUCAGAGUACGGUAGCACGGAAAUUUUUCAAAAAACAACGUAAAAACAUGAUUAAACAUAAUAAUUUGGGUACUAGACGAACAAGGGGUGAUGGAAGUGCUUUGAGUGAUAGUGCUUCAAUUGUAUCCGGUAAUAAAAAUACUGUUCCAAAAACUCCACAUAAAACGAAUAUUGAUAUUAAGAAUACAAAUAUUUUUGGAUCUGGAACAAAAAUUAAUAAUAUUAAUAUUCACAUCGAACCGAUAAAGGAAGCUAAACAACAGAAUAAGAAUAUUCUAUCAGAUAGUGGGGAUGAAAGUGAAAUUUUAAUUGAUCAUGUUACUGGAUCAGUGAGUCGUAUAUUAGCUGAGCGUGAAUCAUUAAGACAAAAAUAUACGAAAAAUAACGAUGGAUCUCCGAAGAAAUCGCCAUCAAAACAUGACAAUUUACAUGAUAAAACGCAACAAUCUAGUUCGAAUAAUGAAAUUGACGAUGAUGGAUUUGAUAAUCGUAUGCGAACCGUAUCACAACAAUGUAGUUUAGAAUAUAGUUCUGGAUCACAAUCAGAUCCAGAACUUGAUAAAGAUGAUGCUGAUACAACACUCAAAUUAGAUACAAUCGAUGAUUUAGAAAAUAAUUUAGUUAGUGAAGUAAAACAAGAAGAAGAAGAAGAAGAGGAUGAGGAAAUAGUUUUGGAGGAAAAUCUUGAAUGUAAUUUAACUCCAGAGAAUAAUGAAGGAAUGUAUUCGAUUACAGAUAUUAGUCAAAAUUUAGUACCAGAUGAUAAUAGCUCAUCAAUUCAAAAUGAUUAUGCUGAGAAUCCAGAAAGUGCUGAAAGUGUUCACAGUCAUGUUUUAUAUCCGCAUAUGCCUCGAUCAAUUUAUGAAAAUCCUUUACAUAGUCAUUUCUUAGAUGGAUCUACAACGACGUUAGAUAGUGAAACAUUAUUUCAUUCACGGUAUCAACCAUCAGAAGCAAGUGUUAUCAAUUCAGUGACAAGUGAUUGUGAUGAUUGUGAUGAUCGAGAAGGACGAUGUGCACAAUCAAGUCCAGUGUCAGCAAGUGAACUAGAUGAAUUAUACGAACAAAUCAAUCGACCACCACAAGUUGUUGUACAUAAUCGGCCAAAUUAUUUAAAUGAAAGUCGUAGUCGUAGUCCUAUUCUAUUCCCACCGAGUAUAUCAUUUGAAUCGGGCUUAGAUGAUAUUGAAGUGAACACCGAUUUUAGAUUUAAUGCACAAGGUAUUGUUGCCACUAGUAGUCGAAAAUUAUCAAAUGAUUUAUCUGAUACGGAUUCAGAUGAAAUUAAAAUUGAAACUACUGUUUGAGAUUGAAUUGUUUUUGUUAUGCUUUAAAGUUUCAUAACCUAAUGCUAAUUUAUACCGGGUGUCGAGAUUAUUCGUUACAAACAAAAAUGUCCUCCAAUGAUUGUUGCCAUUAUUUAUAACGUACAAUAUUUAUAUUUACUGAUGCUAGUGUAUAAGCAUACCCAAUGUAUUUAUUACUGUGCUUUCGAGAAUGUUAAAUACCUAAGCGAAAAUGUCUUCAAAUGUGUAUUAAUGAUUUUCUCCAACAGAAAUAAAAGCUUACCAAACUCCUCUUCAAGCAUUUAAAUCUAGGAUCAGUUAUAAAGGAUUAAGGA